UCUGUGUCCUCAAACUUUUCCAAAAGUUCUACAAGCCUCUUAGCUGCACCAUUAAUUACUCCUCAGAUCCAGAAGAAUUUCUUCCAAACCUGUCGAAAGAUGACAUCGAGUUUUAUGAUGAAUGCACAGCUGCCAUUUUACAAUGUUGGGAGACACCGGAGCCCUUCAGUAUGUGGUCCCCCAGGCCGGGGACCGGUGUCUAAGUUCCCUAUGAAAAAACGAUGUUCAAAUAUUACACCUCCUAGCUCCCAUGGUCAUAAGGCAACAAGAGUCUUGGUAGCUCAGUACACCUGGAAUUCUGGAGAUGAUGAAGCCACCGACGCAUCUGCACGCCACUUGGCUGAUUUUCAUCCAAGCAUUUGGGGCGAUUAUUUCCUCAACUAUGCUUCUCAAGACCUAACACUGGUUGAUGAUGACAAAGCAGUGGAGCAAAUUCAGGAACUGAAGUCAGAAGUGAAGAGGAUGCUUGUCUCCGAAGAUUAUAGUAGGCCUGCUGAAAAACUAAAUCUGAUCAAUCAGAUUCAACGUUUAGGAAUUGCCUAUCACUUUGAUAGAGAAAUCAAGGAUUUCCUUGAAGACAUUUAUGCCAGCAUCCGUCGAAAUGGCUCCACCGAGGAUGAAGAUGAUCUGCACACUACAGCUCUCCAGUUUCGACUGUUGCGACAGCAUGGUAUCUGGAUUUCAUCGAGUGUCUUCGACAAAUUCAAGGGCCGCGAAGGAAAUUUUGAUGCAUCGCUAGUCAAUGACGUGAGAGGGCUGCUAAGUUUGUAUGAAGCGAGUCACUGUAGCAAACAAGGGGAAGAAACUCUGGAUGAAGCACUUAGUUUCUGCUUUACCCACCUCAAAUCCAUGGAAGAGAAGCCUCUCAUAGUAACUCAUGCCUUGAAGCAGUGCAUACAUCGAGAGAUGCCGAGGCUGGAGGCGAGACAAUAUAUUGAGACAUACCAAAGCAUCGAUUCCCACAAUGAAGUCCUCUUGAGCUUGGCAAAGCUGGACUUCAACUUGACCCAGAAACUACACCAGAGGGAAGUCGCCGAAAUCGCAAGGUGGUGGAAAGAUUUGGACUUCAAGAGGGAGCUACCUUUUGUGCGAGAUAGGAUCGCAGAAUGCUACUUGUGGAACUUAGGCGUGUAUUUUGAGCCUGAGUACUCGCUUGCCAGGAAAUUUGUCACGAAAGCGAUGGCAAUGAUCACGGCUGUUGAUGACAUAUAUGACUCUUAUGGUACAAUCGAAGAGCUGGAACUCUUUACAAGAGCUGUGGAGAGGUGGGACAUUAAUGCCGCAGAUGAGCUUCCUGGUUAUAUGCAAGUCUGUUAUACAGCACUUCUUGAUGUGUACUCCGGACUCGGAGAUACGUUGGCUGAGGAAGGAAGAUCAUACUACCUCUACUAUAUGAAAGAAGCGGUGAAAAUUAUGGUUCGAAUGUAUUUUCAAGAAGCCAAAUGGUUCAACAAACAGUACAUACCCACGGUGGAGGAGUACAUGGAAGUUGCAGUAGUAACACUUGGCUACCAAAUGCUGAUAGUCGCAUCACUCCUCGGAAUGCCAGAAAUCACCACAGAGGAUACCUUCCAGUGGUUGCUCAGUAACCCAAAUAUAGUGAGAGCAUCAGCAGCAAUCUGCCGGCUCAUGGAUGAUAUCGCUUCUCAUAAGUUUGAGCAAGAGAGAGGACACGUUGCAUCUGCGGUUGAAUGCUGCAUGAAGCAAUAUGGAGUUACGGAGCAAGAAGCAGAGAACGAGCUCAAGAAACAAGUCGAAGAUGCAUGGAAGGACAUCAAUGAAGGGUGGCUCCAUCUCACUGAAGUACCACCCCAUGUUCUCAUGCGAAUUGUCAACUAUGCGCGUGCGGUCGAUGUAAUGUAUAAGGAUGGCGAUUGCUUCACAAAUUCGCAGACGAAGCUGAAGGAUAUUAUAGCUUCUCUACUCGUUGAUCCAGUUCCAGUUUGAGCAUCACGAUUGAAGUUGAGACAUGGCUCGAAGACUAUGAAAAUCUUUCUUAUGAGUCCAAUUAAUGACAUAUGUAUUCCCAGUGUACUUUCUUUGUUCACUGAAUAAAAUGAAGCAUCAACUUUCCCUAUUUUGUCCAA